AAGAGCCUUGGAAUUCAGACUCCGUGGAGGUGGCUUGAGCUUUUCAUCCUGGUGACCACAGACCUGGAAACAAACUAAAGCUGGACACAUACUAUGGAUGCCAAGGGCUGUACAACAACCAAUUCUCCUUCAACCCCAUGUCAAAACUGCUCUAGGAUUACAAAUGUUAGUACCAUCUCUUCUAACAACCGCUGCCAUCCUGGUGGCCUUAAAGUCAACAACUGUCAACCAGCUGGCUACAUUCUCAGAACUCCCCGAGACCAGGGCUGCCAACCCACUCCUUGCUUUUGUCACAAGCCCAUCUACCUAAUGAACAACUUUGACGCCCGUUCCUCUCUGGAUGACUGCAGCUGGUGUGGUGAAGGCAUCAACAGUAAUGAGAAGGAGACCAUGCAAAUCUUGAACGAGCGCCUUGCUAACUACCUGGAAAAGGUGCGAAUGCUAGAACGAGAGAAUGCUGAACUGGAAUCUAAAAUCAAGGAAGAGAGUAACAAAGAGCUCCCUGUUCUAUGUCCUGAUUACCUGUCUUACUACACUACCAUUGAGGAGCUCCAGCAGAAGAUCUUGUGUACCAAGGCUGAGAAUUCCAGACUGGUCUCGCAAAUUGACAACACCAAACUGACUGCAGAUGACUUGAGAGCCAAGUAUGAAGCUGAGGUGUCUCUACGCCAGCUGGUAGAGGCAGAUGCCAAUGGCCUCAAACAGAUCCUGAAUGUGCUGACCCUGGGCAAGGCCGACCUAGAGGCACAAGUCCAGUCUCUGAAAGAGGAGCUCCUUUGCCUCAAGAACAACCACAAAGAGGAAAUCAAUUCUUUACAGUGUCAGCUUGGGGAGAGACUUGACAUUGAAGUGACUGCUGCCCCUUCUGUUGACCUAAACCAGGUUCUACAAGAAAUGAGAUGUCAAUAUGAGUCCAUCAUGGAGACAAACCGCAAAGAUGUGGAACAAUGGUUCAACACACAGAUAGAGGAGCUGAAUCAACAAGUGGUGGCCAGCUCUCAACAGCAGCAAUGCUGCCAAAAGGAGAUCAUAGAAUUGAGACGCACUGUGAACACUCUGGAGGUUGAACUGCAGGCCCAGCAUCGAAUGAGAGAUUCCCAAGAGUGCAUCCUAACGGAGACAGAGGCUCGCUACACAGCCUUGCUGACCCAGAUCCAGAGUCUGAUCGAUAACCUGGAAGCUCAGCUGGCAGAGAUCCGGUGUGCCCUGGAAAGACAGAACCAAGAAUACGAGAUCCUGCUGGACAUCAAGUCCCGGCUGGAGUGUGAGAUUACCACAUACCGCAGCCUUCUGGAGAGCCUGGAUGGCAAGCGUCCCUGUUACCCGUGUGCCACCAAAUGUGAGCCUUCCCCUUGGACAUCUUGUAAGUCCGGAGCCAUGGAAAGCACGGCCCCAGCUUGCACAUCCUCAGCCCGCUGUGGCUUAAAGGAGCACUGCAAUGCCUGUGGACCCCUGUCCCGGAUACUGGUUAAAAUUUGCACCAUCACCAAGGAGAUUAAGGAUGGGAAGGUCAUUUCUUCUUAUGAGCAUGUGCAGCCUUGUUUCAUCAUCAGACCUGCCAAAGUCUAACAUCCCAAGGCGAUGAAAAUGACCCACAUUUAUGAAACAGAGGCCAACACAUGCUCCUGCCAGAGAGGUUUAAGAAAACUCCCCAGUCCCUUAAGGUACUUAGUUUCUUACUACUACAGCGGGUCCCCAUUGCUAGGUAGAAUAUCUUUUACUCUGCUCCUUCCCUAACUCACCACUGCUAACA